UUUUAAAAAGCCAGCGCAGCUCUCAAGUUGAUCAGUCCGCUCUGGAACUUCAGCCGAGAAAGUCGUGCUAAUUACACGCAAAGGUUCAUUAUUUGCGCCGGCGAGCUCGGGAUACUUCCCUCUCUUUUUCUUUUUUUUCCUUUUUUUUUUUUUUUUUUUUUUUCCCCCCUCCGUUUCAUUAAUGUGCUUUUUGAGAUAGCAACACCCUUGGAUAAAGACUCUUAAAAUCGGAUUAUCUGAUUGAGGCAUUGUGUUCAUUAGAGCACUUUUCCCCCCCUCCGCCACCACCACCACCUCCACCAACCUCGGGCAGACAGAAUUAAAACGCCCGGAAGAUGUUCGGGACUCUUUGCCUGUUGUUGACGGUCCUGUCGGGGCCGUCCGGCGGCUGGGGCUCGUACGUGCCGUGCGAGCCGUGCGACGACAAGGCGAUGUCCAUGUGUCCGCCGAUCCCGGGCGGCUGCCAGCUGGUCAAGGAGCCCGGCUGCGGCUGCUGCCUGACGUGCGCGCUGUCCGAGGGCCAGGCGUGCGGCGUGUACACGGGGACCUGCGCCCAGGGUCUCCGCUGCCUGCCCCGCAGCGGCGAGGAGAAGCCCCUGCACGCCCUCCUCCACGGCCGGGGGAUGUGCACCAACGAGAAGGGCUACAAACCCGCGCACCCGCCGAUAGAUCGCGAGUCCCGGGAACACGAGGACGCCAUGGCCACAGAGAUUACAGAGGAGCUGCAGCCGGCUAAAGUUCCCCUCCUGACCAAAGACAUUGUCAACAGUAAAAAAGUCCACGCCAUGCGUAAGGAGUUUAAGAGGAAGCAGGGAAAGCAGCGCUCCAUGGGCUCCCCCAUGGACUACUCCCCUCUGCCCAUUGACAAACACGAACCUGAAUUUGGGCCCUGCAGGAGAAAACUUGAUGGGAUAAUUCAGGGAAUGAAGGACACUUCUCGAGUCAUGGCUCUGUCUUUGUACCUUCCCAACUGUGACAGAAAAGGUUUCUUCAAACGCAAGCAAUGCAAGCCCUCCCGUGGCCGCAAACGGGGCAUCUGUUGGUGCGUGGACAAGUACGGCGUUCAACUCCCCGGAACAGACUACAGUGGUGGAGACAUUCAGUGUAAAGACCUGGAGAGCAGCACUAACAACAAUGAGUAGAGCAGCAAAAAAAAAACGGACCACAAUCAUCCCCAAACUCCACAUGACCCCGGACCCACAUUUCCUCUCUGAAUCACACCUUUAAAUCUCCCCUCACUUCAAGAGUUAUUCUCAGAAUUUUAGAUAGAAUUUCCCCCCCAAAAAAAGGACCAGGAUUAAAAAGACUUUUUGUUUUUGACCAAACACUCAUCUCUAAACAAGGAGGGGGGGGGGGGGAGUCCAAGAAUCCCUUUUCGAGCAGAUCUUUUGACGACGGCGCACGUGGGGACCCCCUUUGUGCAAGCUGCAUAUUAAUUCACACAUAUGCACGUUUUUUGUUUUUAAGAACCGGGGGCUCUCUGUGAAGCAGAUGUAUUCGUAUACAUUGAUGUUGUAAAAACGAAGCAAAAUUCAUUGUGAAGACAAACAAGACGAUUGGAUCUUUAAUUGGUGGAGAUUUUAUUUUCUCGAAUCAAUCGCAACUGGACUGUUUGGUUUCCCUUAGAAGGCGUCGGUUCGUGUUCAGACAGGUCCGAUCUAGUCUCAGACUGGCAGUGGGAAAGGGAUUCCUAUGGCCCCAUUCGUCACGGUUUACUCGACGAAUUGAGGGGGGUGCGCUAUCCAAUCUCGCCGACAGAUGGCAGUAAAAUGUGUUUUGCGGCAAUUCCAACCUUGACCACUGCCUCAGUUCCAUCAUUUAAUUGCAAAAUGAUUAACCCCCCAGUCCCCCUAUUCUUCUUAUGCGAGAGCCACCCAGGAAUGGGUCUGUACGAAUCCUCUCCUUACUGAAGAUCGAUCAGAUCUAGUCUAGUAGCUGGUGCCAAAAACUCCCAACACAAGGAGGCCCUCGGCAAGGAUGGUUCCGCCCGAUUGAGCUACCCUUCUGUCAAUACCAACGACGGUAGUUAAAGCAGAAUUGCAUUGGAGGUAUUAUGUGGCGGAACGAUCCCUACAAGAGCAGAGCCAGAAGGCAAAGCUCUCGGACUACCGAGCUAUCGACAUUACUACUCUCAGCUAUGGUCAUGAAAUGUGGGUCAUGACCGAAAGAAUAAGAUACAAGCCGCCGAAAUGAGUUUCCUCAGAAGGGUGGUUGGCAUCUCCCUUAGAGAUAGGGUGAGAAGUUCAGUCUCUGAGUAGAGGCGCUGCUCCUUCGCUUGGAAAGGAACCAACUUAGGUGGUUCGGGCAUCUCGUGCGGAUGCCUCACAAGCGUUUCCCUAGGGAGGUCCUUGUUGCACGUCCCACUGGGAGGAAGACCCCGCGGCAGGCCAAGGAUCAGAUGAGGGGGAUUACAUCUCUUCUCUGGCCUAGGAACGCUUUGGGAUUCCACAGGAAGAAGUUGCUAAUGUUGCUCUGGAGAGGGAAGUCUGGGGGUCUCUGCUGGAGCUGUUUUCCCCGCGACCCGGUUGAAGAUGGAUGGGCAGAACGAUCCCUACAAGCCCAAAAUCCGUCGGAAUCACCCACCUUAGCGUUCCAUUCAGUUGUAAGAAAAUGGUCCAGUUGCGAUCGAUUGAACGCCCCCCGAGAGUACCUUGACCUGGAUGAACGAGAACAUCCGUAGACAUGUUGAGCUUUUUGAUGUUACCUGAGACAGGGAUGUGCUGCACCAGUUCUAUGGGUAUGUGGUUCUGUCCGAGCACUUAUAAAACAGGGCAAUCUCCUUCGACGUAUAACUUCACAGAAAUCAAGUGUGCUCGAAUGCAUGUAUGUUUACAGUGCGAAUGUGUGAUGUGUGUAUUAGCCUGCUUUGGUGUAUAAUAGAGUGAGCCUAUAUACAAAAAAAGAAUGUCAUUUUUGUUUUUCUCUUGUUUGAUUUUUGUCACAAGUACUGCUAGCGCCUGAGGUGGUUUAUCGAGACCGUCCUUCUCUCUCUCUCUCUCUCUCUCUCGUUUAAAAUAUGUUCGACGUGGAGCAUUUGGCGACAAAGGAGGAACGGGAUUCGUUACCGAUGGAUUUAUGUAAAUGGCUCUUUGACGACGUAGCUAGCCUGAUAUGCCAACUGUGCCUAUUUUUGAGCGGACACUGCCGCGGGGAGCGACCGAGCCGAGGGCGGGUGCGCGGACUUACAGUAGGAAGGGGGAUUCAUACCGGCCCCGUUCGUCGCGGUUUGCCCGAAUUGCGGGGGUGCACUAUCUGAGAGUGUGGCCGUUCCAACUUUGACCACGGCCUCGGUUCCAUUGAAUCACCUCCCUACUGUAACCGGAGGGAUAAAGAGACACUUGUCGCCGAAACUUCGACCUUUUGACUUGGGUGCACGAAUCAAACUCGGAUUCGCGUCUCGGAUUCGGUUGCGUGAGGAGUCGGUUUUGUUUGAGCUGUUAUUUUUGCCUUCAGUGAAGUACAGACAGCCCGCAUUUUUGAGCCAUUAUAUCAAGUGGUUUCCACUUAGUACUUCAGUGUAAUCGCGGUGUAUUGUGAUAUAGUCAUUGAAUUGUAUUCUUUCCUACAAAGGCGACGUUUGGCAAAAAGGCUAUCUACCCAGUUCCAACAAACGGUCUUGGCAAAAGUCCCAGUGCCUUCCAAUAUGCAAAUACAAUUAAUGUGAUGCAACAAUGACACAGGUCCCAUCUUUGUUCGUACCGUAUAGCCCCUCACAAGAACUGACACUACCUGUAGUGAACACGUUGUUCUCGUAGUUUCUCAAGGCUAUUCUGAACGUGUGAACCGCAGUCCGUUGAACCUCCAUAUGCUCGUUGUUUCCUAAUCGAUAAGCUAAGAUUUUUUUCUUUAGUAAGCUCGUUUUUUUUCUUUUUUUGUUGAAUACCAAUAUAUAUGAUUGCCAGGCAAGGGACUCCAAAAGGAUUUUUGUUUGAGGUGGAACAAAAAAAAAAACGAUUCUCUCUGCUUCGACAAAGGGAAUUGUUGCAAAAUUCGUAAAAGACACUGCCCCCACUCCCAGUACCCAACCCCGUCUGCCACUUUCAAAAAAAAAAAAGCAGCUUGCACUUAUUUCAAGUACUCACUAUUGAUCAAUGACCUAAGAUGUAGUAAAAUGAAGUCAGUAGAAGAAAAAAAAAAUCAAAAAAAAAAUCUUAAUGUUGUUUAAUAUUGUGCUUACCUUUUAAAGGUUGAUAUUUUGUUGACAGGGGCUCUGCAGCCCAUGCCUGGGACCUCCACUACAGAAAUUUAGAACUCAGCCUCAGGUGUUCUUUAAGCGUCUUUUACAGAGAUGAGCGUUCAGAUGCAUCGGUCGAGGGGCUGUUUUUUUUUUGAGAGGCACGUCACAUAGGAAGAACCACCCCCUUGUACAGUGGAUAUAUUCAGGGUCUAGCCACUACCCCUACACGGGGUCAGCAACUACAUCCCGGCAGGCACGCGACAUUGAAACAACGUGUUGAACUAGGUCCUGACGUCGAGUAAAAAUCAAACAUAUCGUUGAAACAAUGGGCUUUUUCACAAAUGUAUAGUCAAGGUUGGGUUCUGACGUUGAUUUGACCAUUGACCAGAACGGAUAUUCUACAACACAAAUACGACGUUGAAAUGUUUACUCAAUUCCAGGUUGUGAUACUAAUUUGACCAUUGAAGUCUGGUAAUUUCCCAACCAAUAACAUAGAUUCCAACGUUAGACAUCAACGUUGUCUCACUUUACAUACACAAUUGUUUUGGAACAUUGCUUCCAAGUCAGUUUUAAGGGACAUAAUUAACGUUGUAUCAAUGUUUUGUGCCUGCUGGGAUAUUAGAUACAGUUAGUCAGUUAUCAGGAGUCAAGACAUCUGUGGAAUGACCUACUACAGCCAGGGUUGAGGUUUGUCUAGGGCCGCAAGCCCUAGAAAACGACCUAGAUCAGAACACAUCCGAGUCAAGUCUGUUGAUAUAUUAAAUACGCUUUGGAGAGUUCGAUUUGAUCAGAACUUACAAAGCCAAACCAAACAGAACGGUUAUUUUACAUGAACGCCUCCAACUGGUUGUACUUGGUGGGUUCCUCAGGUGUGUCUUGCAACUCCUUCUUGGUUUUAACUCACUCCACAUACGCUACGUAGUACAGUAACUGCAGGCUUUUCUGAGUACAUAACACUUUCUGGAUGUAAUAAAACAGAACAAUUGGGUAUCAAUAUUUGGUGUUCUCUGGAUUGUGAAAAAAAAAGAUCCAUAUGUGUCUGGAGGAUGGGGAGGAAUUGAAAUGGUCAGUGUUUGGAACGGCAUGAGACAAAUAAGAAUAAAACAACAACAAAAAAAAAUCAAAUUAUUAAAGUGAAUAUCACUGUGUAAUAUUUAUUCAACUUGUAAUUUAUAUGUACUCUUUUAACCUUUGUCUUUUUGUUAUGACAAAGCAUUUAUUUAAAUAAAGUUAUGUAUUCAUUUA